GUUCAACACCUCGUGUCCAAGAUAAAGCACAAGAAGAUGCUUCUUGAGCUCACUGAUCCUGAUGCAAUUCGUGCUGAAUUGAAGCGUCAUGAAGCACGCCUGGAGCGCGUUCAACAAGAGCUUGUCAAGUGCAAGGGAACCGCGGUUUCGGAGAGCAGAACUUUUGCCAGCACUGAGGAUGUGUCUCCUCUCGAGAGAGUUUCUCGACCAAUGAGUUCCCGACUACCUGUGUCCCAGUUCGACUUGGUCUCCCCGCGUCUCGAGAAAAGGCAGAAGAAGCGUCUUGCUGCAGCAGUGCCCACUAAGUCUUUUGCAGUGGAGCCUCCACUUCCCAGUCUUGAUGCUGAGUUCUGGGAGCUUCAGCAGAAUGUCACUAUGCUCAAACGACGUCUCAAACUCUGUCAAGUUAGUUCUCAAACACAGUCUCAACUUCCACAUCAGCAGCAACAGCAUCAGCAGCAGUGCAAUCUGCCGAGGGAACUGGUGCCAACCGAAAAACCUGCUUCUUUUCCACCGGCUCCGAAAGCAGCUUCAGUUAGGAUUCCCCUAUCUCCAAAACCCGAACAAAAGGCGGAAGUGCCUACCCCGAAGGUCGAGAGCUUUCCUGUUGAAUGGCCAACUACACCAACUGGCUAUGCUGACAGCAGUGCUAUAUCCAAGUCUGCUGAGCUCCCAGAAGUAGUGUCUACUACCCCUCCGAAGGAAGAGUGCAACGAAAGGGUUGACGAAGUGGCGACUCCAGUUAGUGAACAACCGCCAAUACAAAUUCCUGAACAGAUCAAGGACGAGCUUCGUGAGGAGCCGAUUCCGCUUGACCCCGCCUCCCAGUAUCUUCUAUCCAUUUACAAUUACUGGGCAGUGAGGCAACAGGAGCUAUUGGCAUGUCAACAUGAUCUAAAAUCAAGAAUCAAGUCACAAGAAGCAGAAAUCGCCAGGAUCAAGGUAGGCCAUGAAGUAAUGUUAUAA